AAAAAAAAAAAAAAAGAUUCGCUCACCGGAAAAAGUCGGAAGUCCAGUGCGCAUGUCAGGAAGUGACUCGGGGACCAAACAGGAAACAUUCGCACGUGUUUUCGUCUUGGACGUUGGAAGCAGUGAAGAUGGCGUCGUCCCACGAUCAGCUGUACAUUAACGUCACUUCCUCUUCAUCUUCUGCGAAGGCGACGCCCCCCAAGAGGAAGUGGCCCUCUUUCAAAGAGCGGCGGGCCGCCAAACGGAGCCGCCUGAAGGAGGCGGAGCUCCAGGCCGUAGCCCCGCCUUCCGCGAAGCCGCAGGAGGUUUCAAGCGCACGUGUGACGGGCGGCGGCGGCGGCGAGAACAUCAAGACGUCGUCCCUGUUCAAGCACAACCCGGACAUCCCCAAAGUUCAAAGAGCUGAAGUUCGUCCGCUGACGGAGAAGAUUUUUACCUCACAAUCCUUCUCGGACUUGAACCUUCACCCUCACCUGGUGGCAACGCUGAACAAAGUUCUUCACGUGUCGACGCUGACCAGCGUUCAGAAAGCCAGCAUUCCGCCGCUUCUGUCCGGGCGAGAUGCCGUCGUUCGAUCCCAGACGGGCUCAGGUAAGACUUUGUCUUUCGCCGUCCCGGUGGUUCAGAGCCUCCAGGCUCUCCAGACCAAAGUCCAACGCUCGGACGGACCUCUGGCGCUGGUCAUCGUGCCCACCAGGGAGCUGGCCCAGCAGACCUUCGCCACUUUCCAGAAACUUCUCAAGCCGUUCACGUGGAUCGUUCCCGGAGUUCUGACGGGCGGAGAGAAGAGGAAGUCUGAGAAGGCCAGGCUGCGGAAGGGCAUCAACGUCCUGGUGUCCACGCCGGGACGUCUGGUGGAUCACAUCAAACACACCCUGAGCAUCGCCUUCGGCGCCGUGCGCUGGCUCGUGCUGGACGAGGCCGACCGGAUCCUGGACUUGGGUUUCGAGAAGGACCUGUCGAUCAUCUUCAACUCUCUGAACGCCGCCGGCGCACCGAGGCAAAACGUCCUCCUGUCGGCGACGCUCACUCAAGGCGUGACGCGUCUGGCGGACGUUUGCCUGAAGGAUCCCGUGGACGUCCGCGUCCACGACCCCGACCCCGACUCCGCCCCGGCCCUACGGGAGAGCUUCGCCUUGCCGACGGGCCUCGAGCAGUUCGCGGUGGUGGUGCCGAGCAAAGUCCGCCUCGUCUGUCUGGCCGCCUUCCUCCUGCACACUUGUCGGGACAAGAAGGCCUUGGUGUUUGUGUCGAGUUGCGAGGAGGUGGACUUCCUGCACGCUCUCUUCCGCGGCGUGCUGUCGGCGGACGGGCGGACGGGCCUUCGCUUCCUGCGUCUCCACGGGAACAUGCCUCAGGAGGAACGCUGCGAGGUUUUCCGAGACUUCUCGAGUCGCGGGUGCGGAGUUCUGCUGUGUACGGAUGUCGCCGCUCGCGGCUUGCACCUGCCUCAGGUGGCGUGGAUCAUCCAGUACACGCCUCCGUGCAGCGUGGCCGAGUACGUGCACCGGGUGGGCCGCACGGCGCGCAUGGGCCUGGGGGGCAGCGGCCUCCUCUUCCUCACGCCCGCCGAGUCCGGCUUCGUCGACGAGCUGGCCGACGGCGACAUCAGCCUCUCGGAGAUGAAGCUGACGGACAUCUUGGCCGAGCUGGUGAAGGACGACGUCUACAAGGGGCGGGGCAAGUACCGCAGCCAGGUUUCCGCCGGCGCCCUUGAGCAGGAAAGUCGCGAGCGUGCCACCGUGCUCCAGACGCACUUUGAGAACUUCGUUCACGCCGACGCGACGUCGCUGCGCGACGCCAAGAAAGCGCUGGUGUCGUACCUGAGGUCGUACGCCAGCUACCCGAGCCGGCUCAAGCGCUUCUUCCACAUCCGGGCGCUCCACCUGGGACACGCCGCCAAGAGCUUCGGCUUGAGAGACGCGCCGCGCCGCCUCGCUGCCGCCGAGGAGCCUCGCCUGCGCCGUCGUUGCAAAGGCGGCAGCGGCGCAAACGCACAAAACAAGCCGCGUCCGAAGACGACGAACGACGCCGACGAGUUCUCCAGCGGCCUCCAAAUCAAGAAAGAGAAGAGAAAGCGGGAAGAGGCGGAGCUACAGUGACCACAUGACACCAAGACCGACAAAUUUCUCCCACUUCAAUUUGACGUUUCCAUGUGAAACGGCGACAAAUUAAACCGCUUAGCGUGAU